AUGCAUCAAUAUCCAUCAAUUUCAUCCUUCUAGAAAAAAUAUUCAUCAAUUUCAUUGACAUAGAAAUUUUGUCAUUGAAUAUGAUCAUGCUAACAAUACCUCUAGUUUUGGCUGUAACAUUCAUCAUCACCUUAUUCCUUUUUGCUUCUCAUCAAACAAAAUACCUCAAAACCCCAGCCUUCACAAAUUGGCCUUUUCUUGGUAUGUUACCACAAUUCCUUUGGAACAUAUCACAAAUUCAUGAUUUUUCAGCUAAAUUGUUGAAAUCAAAAGGUGGAACAAUUGAGUUCCUAGGACCAUGGUUUACCGGCAUGUAUGGUGUUAUCACAACUGAUCCAUUGAAUGUUCACUACAUCAUGAGCAAGAGCUUUGACAACUUUGUCAAAGGUGAUUUGUUUCGUGAAAUGUUUGAACCUUUUGGUUUAGGAAUUUUCACUACAGAUUCAGAUCAAUGGAAAUACAAUAGGAAUCUUCUCCAAUAUCUCUUCAAACAAAGAAGCUUUGAAGCUUUUCAAGAGAAGAUAAUUCACAACAAAGUUGAGAAAUCAUUGAUUCCAAUAUUGAAUCAUGUUCUACAACAAAAAGGGUCGGUGGUCGAUUUACAAGAUGUGUUCAAUCGAUUCACAUUCGAUAACAUUUGUUUGAUAAUUCUUGGACAUGAUCCAAAUUGUCUUUCAACAGAUUUCCCCGAAGUUCCAUCUGAGAAGGCUUUUAACCAAGCGGAAGAGUCCAUCUUCUAUAGACACACCGUGCCGAUUUGUGUUUGGAAGUUGCAAAGUUGGCUUCAAAUCGGAGAAGAGAAGAAAAUGACUGAGGCAUGCAAGGUAUUUGAUCAAUUCCUCUUUUCGUGUAUUGCUUCAAAGCGCGAAGAGCUAAAGAAAAAUUGUAACAAAAAUGAAAUCAAUGCUGAAAGUGAUGAUGCUCAUCAUGUUGAUAUGUUAACGGCAUUGAUUAGAGAAGAAAAAAACAAGGGUAGUGAAAGUGAAGCACUUGGUGACAAGUUUCUAAGAGAUGCUGCAUUCAAUCUCUUUGUAGCUGGAAGAGAUACCAUAACUUCUGCGCUUACAUGGCUAUUUUAUCUUGUUGCUACACACCCUUUAGUGGAAGCCAAGAUUCUUGAAGAGAUCAAAGAAAAUUUCGGAUACAAAGAGAAGCCUUGGAUUUUAAGUGUUGAUGAUGUGAAAAAGCUUGUUUAUCUUCAUGGUGCUAUAUGUGAGGCAUUAAGGCUUUUUCCACCAAUACCUUUUGAGAGAAAGGAAGCGGUUAAACCCGAUAUACUUCCAAGUGGUCAUCAUGUUUAUCCGAAUAAUAUGAUAUUGUUUUCUUUGUAUGCAAUGGGAAGGGAUGAAAAUAUUUGGGGAAAAGAUUGCUUGGAGUUUAAGCCAGAGAGGUGGAUUUCUGAGAGAGGAGGCAUUGUUUAUGCGCCGUCUUACAAGUUCUUUAGUUUUAAUGCUGGACCUAGGACUUGUUUGGGAAGAGAGUUGGCUUUCAUUCAAGUUAAGAUGGUUGCUGCUUCUGUUUUGUGGAACUAUUGUGUCCAUGUUGUGGAAGAUCAUCAAGUCACUCCUAACCUUUCAAUUGUGCUUCUCAUGGAACAUGGUCUCAAAGUUAAGAUAACCAAAAGGGGAAUUUAAUUUGAUGGAGAUAGCUAGCAAUUUCAAAUAUUUCUUAAGUAUGGGGGGGAUAUAUUUGAAA